AUUUCAAAACGCAAUGUCCGCAAUGUGAAUGCACACGAGAUCUCAACGAUGGAGGCACCGAGUGUGAACGGAACCGAGCGGAUUCGUUCUUUUAUUCCCGUGAGAUCAUAAAAGAUUCAUUCAGUUUAUGAUAAUCCUUGUUCUUACGAGUGUCAGCCCACCACCUUCCCAACUGAACCGCCAGCUCCAAAAUGACCGCCGAACUCCCGCCAGAAAUCCUGACCGAAAUCCUCGCACGGCUGCCGGCGAAAUCCCUCCUCCGCUUCCGGUCGGUGUCGAGGUCGUGGAACUCCCUCAUCAGGUCCCCGCCGUUCAUCGCCCUCCACCUGAGCCGCUCAAUCGCUACCGGCGACUCCUCCUCCUCUAUCCUCCUUAGGCACUACUCCCUCAACCGCCGGCGGGAGCUCAACACCGUCUUCCACGACGGCCCGGGCUCGCUCGUCGUAGAGCAGGAGCUAGACUUCCCGAUCAGGACCCACGACAGUUACUACUACGUCGGCGCCUGUAACGGUCUCCUCUGUCUCUCCGAUUACCUCAUCAAUUACCUCGGGAUUGUCCUGUGGAACCCCUCCAUCAGGACCUGCUUUCAGGUGCCCGUCCCGAGGUUUGUCGACACCGACGCGACGCACACCGAUGUUGUCGGGUUCGGUUUCGACUGCCGAACCAACCAGUACAAGGUCCUGAGGCUGAUCUACGUCAUUGGCAGGAACCAUCAGCGCGAGAUCCCGCCUGAAGUGGAGGUCUUCGUGCUUGGGACGGAGAGGUGGAGGAGGAUCGAUGCGGAUGUUCCCUAUGUGGUACCGGAGUCUUCCUCUCAAGCCAUCCUUCACGGUGCCAUCCAUUGGAUGGGAUACAGGCCAAAGGUCUCGGUGGUCCUUGUUGUCGUAUUCGAUUUGCACGAGGAGGUGUUUCGAGAAAUCGAAAUCCCAAGCAGCAUAAAUUAUCCGAGCGUGAAUCGCUUGUCAGUGGCCGUCUAUGGAGAGUCACUCUGUCUCUUUGAGCAUGAUCCAUGGGUAAACAAUAAGAAACAAUCAGAUGCAUUUUGCGUUUGGGUUAUGAAGCGGUAUGGUGUGAAGGAAUCUUGGACUAAGCAGUUCAGCGUCGAUAUGCGGGACAGGGGAGGGCUCAAGAGGGUGUUGGGGUUCAGAAAGCACGGCGAGAUCUUGGUCGUGAAUGGCAGUGACGAGCUGGUCUCCUAUGACCCCGAGAGUCGGAGCAUCGAGCAGCUCGGGCUACAUGGAAUAGUCAGAUCUUUUGAAGCCACACCUCACAUGGAAUGUCUGGUUUUACUGAAAGAGCAGAUGGAUCCAGCUGGAAAGGCGAGCUCUUCCCGUUUGAUGGUAUAGCUAGUUAGUCGAACGCUAGUCAUCGGAUGGAUUCGAGUUGUUCAUUACUUGUUAGUUAAGAAAUUAAAAAUUGGAACUUUACUUGAUAUCUCUUCUUAUCAAAAUUGACAGUAUGAUGAGCAGCUCAGCUAUACGAACCUUAUAAAACAAGAAUCAUCUGCCUGGUCUCUGUCCUCUUUACAAGAAAAAAGAAAAAGAAAAAGCUUCGAUCACUAAAAUUUUACUCGGGAAGACAUUAUCUGAACUCGAAAAGCUUUGUGUGCAGUCUUGCUAAAACAAUCAACAGCACAAUGAGAGAAGCCAAACCCCAAGGGAACCCGCUCUUCGAUUGGCCACCACUGCACCGCCUCGGAUUCGAAUGGUCUCGCUUCGAUGAUAGCCAUUGGAUGGUGAUCACGAGAGCUAUUGGAAUUGCAGAAAUAACCCAACCCAUCUUUCUUCUUGCCAUAUCAAAGAAAAAGGUCCAAGAGCAGUUCCUCGGAAUGGCGAUGUGGAAUGACAGCAGCACAAUCAUUAGAAGAACUGGGUACGGUGAAGGCUUCUCCGUGAGCAUCUCGAAGAAGGACAUAUUUCUUCUACCGUGACUUUUGUCUCGGAAAUUCAUAGACAGCAAUUACGAUAUAUCUUCCCCAACCAUAUGGUAAGUUCAUUAUCUUAGGAUCUCGCAUUCAUGUUCUUCAUCUUGUAUUUGCUGUUUCUUGUACAAUUUACUAAUUUGUCAAUGACUGAGGUUGUUAAUGGUAGAGAUUGAUUUGUUAUCAUCGAUCUUUCUACGAUUCUAUCGGAUUCUAGUUUGUUUCUUUUUAC